AUGCACGCCCUCCCCGAAGCCCUGUGUCUCGCAUCCUCCAUGGAAGCUAGUUCCCUACGUUGGCCGAUCGAUGCGGAGGUUUUGUUCGACCGUGAUCCCUCACAGUGGCGCGAUGUCCCUGAUAUCGAUAGGACGCUCGACGUGGACAAGAAUCUCGUCGGCAUCAAACUUCCGAAACUGGAGGUGCUCGAGAUUCACGUCGUCUCCGGGAUCGGUGCAUAUCAGGUCAUGGACAUCCGCCUGCCAAAGCAGAAGCUACCGGCUCUCAAAGAGCUCGUGGUGGCCGGCGUGGGGAUCAACUUCAAGGCGGACGUCGUCGACAAGCACCCUCACAUAGCCUCCCUUGCAUCCACCGAUGGCACUCCUCAGGAUCUCGAGUUAAUCAACACCCUGCCGCCGAGGUUACUGCCAAAGACGAUCACACGUCUCCCCUUCAGCCUGCAAAUCACCUUCCCAAACUGCUCCGAGUACCUCCUCACUGCGCGCCAUCUCGCCGGGCACACGCCCCAACACCACCCCGACUCCAUCUUCGCGCAGAUGCUACCUCCCUUCGUCCCCCUCGGACCCAUUCCGUUCCCCGUCCACCGCGUCGAAGUCUCCAUGCCCAACCCCGCACGCCCUCCCGCGGACCGCGCCGCGACGAUCCUGCUCGCCUCCGGGCACGGCGGGCCCGCGCUCACCCUCCGCGCCACAGCGCUCUCAUUCCCUCACGGCGCGAACCCGCUCGAUGACGCCGCCGGGCGCAGGGACGUCCUGUGCGACGCGCUGUACGCGGUCCGACACUUCUUCCGGCCGGGGUGCUUCCCGAGCGAGUAUGGCGCGCGAGGCGUGCCCGUCACGCACCUCGUGCUCCGCGCCUCCUUCAACGAGCUCCCGCCGCCAGUCGACCCCGCCGCGGACCUGUGGGUCGUGUCGACCGAGUCGGGGCCAUUCCCGCGGGGCUUGUGGGAGGCCCUGGGGGAGAUGCCGGAGAAGUGGCGGAAGCUGAGUAAGGUGCAGAUCGACAAUGGGACGCUGGAGUCGCUCAGGGACGGGUUCGGAGAGGAGAUGGUGCACGAGUUGGAGCGGUACAACAGGCUGGCGCACCAGCGGCUGGCGACGGUCGAGCUGAGCAUCGUACAAGCGUCGAUUCCGGAUACCACCAAGAUUUUCCAGAAGGGCACUCGGCUGUGGAAGGCGAAGGCGAAGUGCGACGAAUGCAAAGUGGUCUUCAAGAACAUUCUCGCUUGCGAGCAGCACGCUAGGGUCAAGGGCCACCGCCACAUUCCUGCCUUCUUCUGUCCCUUCCAGGACUGCGCGAAGGUGUUCUCCGCUAUCCAGCACCGGCAGCAGCACCUCCAGGACAAGCACGAUGGCAAGGUUCCCCCUCCAUCCGCUCCUAGUACUCCGGGGCCUUCAAACCAAGCGGCGAAACCUUCUGUUUGCACCAAGUGUGCGAAGACUUUCGCGACAGCCGAGGCGCUGCAGGAGCACUACAACAACACUCCGCUCAUCCACGCCCACUGCCGCGUUUGCGACAUGGGCUUCGAAUCGCUCACGGCGAUGUUGUCGGUGCCCGCCCCCUCCUUCGGCUGCUGCUGUUGCUGCGGCAACGGCGCCUCCGAGUCCGGCUCCGGCUCCUGCUCCUGCGGUAGUCCAGAGUCCGACUCUCAGUCCGAAAAUAUCGAACGGGUUUUACGGAGCUGCUCGACCGGCCACUCCACAGAGACCGGCUACACCGCUGAGGACAAGCACACCACUCCAGCCUUCGACGCCGGUCCAACGGUUGUCGGCUUAUAUACGUGCCGAGGCAGAGCCAGUCCAUCCUCGGGUCCGGACUUGAACGAUUAUGUGGCAGCAUACGCGGAUGAAGUCGCGCCAUUACAUCCUCCCCAGAUCCCGCGCGCACCCUCCUCGCACGCCUCUCAGCUGCGCGAUGUACCCCGCACGCACGCACCUCCUUCGCGCGUCCACGCGCGCGCAGCCCCGCGAGCCCCUGUGUACGCCUCUUCCUCGUCCUCGGGACCCGCCCCGGCCUCUACCCCCGAAUGGUUGGCCUCUUCCAGUCCUAUGGCUGGGCGCUCUCCGCCCUCACACUCCGGCCACCGGAAAGGGCGCAUGAACGGAGACGUGGACCGCCCCGACCUCUCCUACCGUUGCCGCGUGUGCCAGCGCACCCCUUGCGCAGGCCCAGUCGCGACUAUGUGCGGGCACAUGUUCUGUCACCGGUGCCUUAUGGACGAGAUCGCGAAGUCGGGAGCGUGUCCGCAGUGCGGGAAGCAGUUCUUCAUCCAACUGCACUUGGAGGGCUAG